GAGCCUCUUUUCCUCUCCAAAAUUUAAUAUUUCAUAGGCUUUGAACAACAUUUGGUAUCAGAGCUAGAGAGCUAUCCGAGGGCCUAAAUUGUGAGGAACAAAAAAAAGGAGUGAAAACAAUGCAGACUGCGGGUGGUAACAAUGGGAAUUCAAUCUCCCAAUUACCUAUGUUCAAGGGUUCAAAUUACCACUUUUGGAGUUUGAAGAUGAAGACUCUCUUCAAGUCUCAACAGCUAUGGAGCAUUGUUGAGGAAGGGUUUGAAGAUGGACAACCAGAGGAACCAGAUCAAGCCUUGAGAGAUAGAAGAAAGAAAGAUGCACAGGCUCUCUAUUUCAUCCAACAAGCCUUGGAUGAUGAGGUCUUUCCCCGGAUUGCUGCAGCCUUAACAUCCAAGGAAGCUUGGAGUAUUCGUCAAAAGGAAUACAAGGGUGACAAGAAAGUCAUUGAGGUCGGGCUACAAUCCCUAAGAAGGGAGUUUGAGAAUGCCAAGAUGAAGGACAAAGAAACUGUCAAUGAUUACCUCUCUAGGAUCACAUCAAUUGUGCAGAAGAUGAGAUCCUAUGGAGAGGAGGUUAAAUCUAAACAAGUGAUAAGUAAGGUGCUGAGGAGUCUUUCAAGGAAGUACUCUCAUCUUGUGGCAGCUAUUGAGGAGUCUAUGGACAUGGAGGUAUACACCUUUGAUGAACUCAAAGGUUCUUUGCAGGCCUAUGAAGAAAGGGAAGAUAAAGAGGAAGAAAGGGAUGAGACAGCUUUUCAAGCUAAAGCUGACACUUCUCACCAUGAUAGGACUCAGCAAUCAUCAAGAGGAAGAGGAAGAGGUCGUGGGUAGGGCUGUUAACGAACCGAGCUUUUAUCGAACUAUUCGAGCUCGAGCUCGGUUUCGAACCUAACGAGCCGAGCUUAACUAGCUUUCAAACUCGAACCCGAGCUGAGUUUUAAGUUCGAAAAGUUAAUCGAACCGAGCUCGAACAUAGUAGUACUCGGCUCGGUUCGAACUCGAGCCUAUCGAAC